AUGGCCAAGAUAAUCUCCACGAUCAAGGCCAUCCUUACGAGGAUCAUCUUCAGUGCGCACAGUUUGCUGGCCAUUUGGCAGGUGGUCGCCAUCAAAAGUGAUAUCAAAUACUGGGCGCUAUGUGGUCCUCUGGUGCUGCUGCUGCUCGAGGGCAUCUUCACAAUCAUGAUCAAGAAGACACAGGAGUGGCGCUGGUUCUGCCCCUCGGUGUUUCUUUACCUGAGCAGCAUUGUGCCGGCGAUUUGGCUCCUGGAGCUGGACAAAGUUGCCCGGCGAGUGGCCAACCUAACUCAGACCAACUCGACUGUUCCCAAUCCGAGUAACUUUAGCAUUCCCGGGGGAAAUGUGACUGGCUUUGGUCCCAGUUCCAAUCUGAAUGUAAAUAGUAGUGUUCCUCCGGUAGCUACUCUUCUGGGUCAAGCCGGGGUCACCCUCUCGGUGACCCCAGACACUUGGAUAACCCUCAUCGAGCAGUUUCUCAUGCUCAUCCUGAUCGUAGGUCGUUGGCUUUUGCCGAAGGGGGAUCUUACCAGGGAUCAGCUCAGUCAACUGCUUUUGGUUUACAUUGGCACUGCGGCGGAUAUCAUUGAGUUCUUCGAUUCGUACAAGGACGACUCCAUAGCCAUGAUCCACAAUCUGGUUUUGCUGACACUGGGUAUUUGGUCCUGGAGCCUCAUGCAGUUUACUAUUGUUCUAUCCGCUACAAGAGGACGAAGGCCGAGAGGCAGUGGAUCACAUCACAAGGAGGACCAUUCAGACUGUUGCCAAAAUUGCUGCUGUGGUAUUGAUGUUUGGGGAAUCGUACUCAAUGUGAUACUGCAGGAUGCCCCCUUUCUCACCUUUCGUUUGCUGAUAAUCUUUCAGUACACCAUCAUAAACUACAUGAAUGUCUUUUUCACAUGCAAGAACUCUUUGGUGAUAAUCCUGCAGCUCUAUCGGCUCUACGUGGUAAAUGCCGAGUUCUGGAAGAAUCGUCGUGAAAGUCGGAUGACCAAAGCGAGGCAGUUUCAAUCCCGCCGGAAAGUGCAGGAUGCAGAUCAGAAUAGUAUUUAUAUGAUAUCGAAUGAGCGGGGUGGCGAUGUCAAGAAGAAAAUCAAAAAGGCCAAGGACAAGGAUUAUGCUGAGGAGGCGGUGUACAGCAAAAAGAAAAAGGACAAGAAGGAUAAGAAAAAACGUAAGCGCAAGGACACCGGAUACUCGACGGCCAGUUCGCAGAAUCUCUACUCCACAAAGGCGAGUGGCACGGAUAAGGAAACCCGUCGCAAGGACAAGAAGGCCAAGAAGUCGAAGCGCACCUGCAGCAGUUCGCCGAGCGAUUGCGACUUGGCCAAGAAGCAGAAGCGCGGCAAGAACGCUGACAAAAACGAUAAGAAGAAAUCCCGCAAAAUCGAGGCUGUUGUGGAGGAGUCGAGCAGUUCGAGCAGCAGUAGCUCCGACUCGAGCAACUCCACUUUGCCCAGUUACGAGGUAAUCGACGAGAAGAAGGUCAAACGGAGGAAGCACCGCGGAAGCAGCAGCGACACCAGCUCCGAUGACAGCAGCUCCUCCAGCUCUUCGUCCUCCAGCUCGGACUCCACGUGA